ACUGAGCCAGGGCGCAACCACGCCAGGAAGCGCCGGAGACAGGCAGGGGCCAUCAAUCCGCAGGCUUUGCUUGUCCCAAGCCACAGCCAAAGCCAGUUUAACCCACUACAGAAGGGCAAUGCAAUUCCUUUGCGGCUGUGCUGGCACGAUUUGCUUUGAGCUGUGGGACCAAAGUUGGGGUGCGAGGGGAAAUGCACGAUGUCUAUGUGGCUUACUCCAGACCCUGUGACACUGCUGAUCACCAACCAUGCUUGAGCUUUGUCGUCCAAAGCUGGCCAUCGGAUGGAUUGAUUGACUUGGGUCGCUGGCGAACGUUCUGCCAGUUACUAGUUAGGGUUCGUGUCAUUUUUGCCACGAUUUUCCUGACAGCGCUGAUUCGCCGUUCGCGCAUCCAGAGGCACUUUGCUUCUGCGAACAUGGUCUGCCACAGUCAGUUGGAGUGAUCUUUGGGGUUGACGGGGCACUGGGCCAAGUCCCAACAUCUCAUUCCCAUGCGCGCCCUGGAGGCGAAGUAGGCGAGGCGGGCAGUUCCCCGCAGUUGUGGUGUGGACUGCAUACAACCUACAAAUUACUAAGUUGCUUUUGGCAUCCCAUUAAAAUGCAUCGCUGUGCACAAGCGCCUUGAGACAAGACGUUUCAGCUCCUGCUUCAGCUCACGAGGCGCUGCUCGGCAGCUCGAGCACCAAAAAAUGAAUAAGCUCUUACCUGCGACGUUUGUGCAAACCCCGCUUCUAGAAUCGCGGAGGCUGCCAAGCGGGAAAACAAACUCGCUUCGCACGCCUCUGUUGCUUGUGAUGCUCACUAUAGUUGUUUCCCUGGCUACCGUCUUCACGGUACACAACUCCCAGCGAGUCGCGGUGCGCGACCCCUAUCGGAGCGCAAAUACUGAAGAGGAUGACCUGGAGAUGCAGCGGGCGCUGGACGCUAUCAACGAAAUGAAUGCGAAUACCCCGCCACCUCCCGCGCUUAGCCGGGAAUCGUGCCACAUCAAGGAGAACUCAGAAAUUGAUGGGCGCGUCGUGAAGUGGGGCGCUGACCAUUUUACGGAGACGCCCACGGACUGCUGCUCCGCCUGCACCAACCACCCCGACUGCAACGUGUGGGUGUGGUGCGCCAGCCCUCAGGGGUGCGGCAGCGGCCGGCAGCACAAGGAGUGCUGGCUAAAAAAGAACACGGUGAAGAACAUCAUCGACAGCGAGGGGUACGCGCACCCAGGCAUCCCCUGGACCAGCGGCGCGCUGUACCCGCCCGAGGAGCGGCUGCGUGUGCAGGAGGCGGAGCGGCUGCGGCUGGAGGCGCUGCGGGACAACGCCGACCUGCCGCUGGUGUACCUGGACGUGGCGGUCAAGGGCACGCACAUCGGGCGCAUUAAGAUCGUACUGUUUAAGAACGAGGCACCGCGCGCGGCGGAGAACUUCCGUGCACUGUGCACAGGCGAGAAGGGCAUCGUGCCUCAGGGGCACGAGGGCGCGGGCAAGCCGUACCACUUCAAGGGGUCCACCUUCUACCGCAUCAUCGACCGCUUCAUCGACCAGACGGGCGCCAACACGGAGUCCAUCUACGGCGGCGCCUUCAAGGACGACCCCGGUGGCCUGGCGCUCAAGCACGACCGCAAGGGCCUGCUGUCCAUGGCCAACGCCGGCCCCGACACCAACACCUCGCACUUCUCCAUCCUCAUGGCGCCGGCGCCGCACCUGGACGGCCACUACACCGUGUUCGGCGAGGUGGUGGAGGGCCUGGACGUCGCUGAGAAGAUCAAUGCACUGGCCCGCGGCAAGCCCAACAACACCGCCGGGCCGGAGGAGGAGGCGGUCAUCACCGAUGCCGGCCAGCUGAGGUAGAGGAGGAGGAGCGGCGGUUGGCAAUCAGUGGUCGUCGGUGCGAGGUGGAGGAGGGCUGGCCGGAGAAGGCCAGCAGGUCUGGACAGGCGUGGAGGUCCGCAGGGACAUGGAAGGCAGGCUGUCCUGAAUGCGAGCAGCUCAGCAGCACAAGUUGGAAGUGUGUGUCUUUUGCGUGUGCACGUUACAGUGCGGCGCAUAUCGCUUGAGACGUGCGGCGUGGCGAGGCGUGGUCAGAACACUUCGUAGGCAGGGCGAGCCCGCGCGAUUGCAUGGUUUCAGGUCGAUAGCGGGCGGCGGGUAACAUACAGGGUGAAGGGGGACAGAGGUUUGGGCUGGGGUAUUACCCGUGCGUACGAUUGCGUGUGUGCGUGGGGUAUGGUGCGAAUGCAGACACGAGCGCGAAAGCAGGAAUGAGAGCUGAGCAGGGAUGAGUGUGUGUUUGUGUGUACCGGCUUGAACAAUGGAAGGACGCUUUCUGUGGAUGCGCAUUCGGCGCACCUGUCAGUCUGACGCUGCCACCAGGACGUCGGCGUGUGCGUCCAUGGCAACACAUACAUACUGGUAAUGAAGGCGUGGCGGGCUGGCCGCCGGUGAAACGCAACGGUGCUUUCUUGCGCUGUGAUCGUGCGGGCGUGCUUUGUGGUGGACCCACACGCGGUGGCGACGGCCACAUAAUGUACCGUAUGUACAUUAGCUCCUUGCCUGGGAGAUGUAAACCAGAUGUACAAGGGCGCAACCCAGGCCGAGCGCAACUCAGCGAGCGAUGAGUUGGCUCUCUCAGAGGUGCCCGGGUCACAGUGUGGGGUACUGAGACUCGAAAGGAGUAGGGCACGAUACAUGGGCGCUCCGGUGUCACUUUAGUGCACGGGUGGUGUAGGCAGGUGCGGCGACUAGGGUGGGUAGGUGCUUGCUUGUUUCAAGUAAUUGUGCUGUGGGAUUGCAAACUCAAUGAAUGGGAUUGUCACGGGCAAAGCAACCCCUUCACAGCUUUCCCAGACACACGAAGGACCGGGUGUCAGCGGCACUGUAUGUCGGCUGUUACUCCAUAUUGGCUUGACAAAGGUCGUCGAGAGCGGACUGAUCCCCUGAUGUAAACUCGCUGCAAGGGAUGCCCGAGACACGGCAGAUAUGUGUGUCAACUGUGCGUGAUCAAUGAAAUAGUCCUUAUC